UAAUAACAAAGUAUGAUAAAACCGCACAGGAAAUAUGAGCGAAUUAAGACCAAUAAUUCUUGGUUUCGGGCAUGGAUUGAAAGAUUCUCUACUUGGAACGAUUGUGCUGCUAAGAGUGAACAGUAUUCUAGAGGAAAGACAAACGGAAGACCAAUUUAAAACAGACGCGCAGUCCUCUAGACGAACAAGGCAAAGAGGCAGGCAAAAUGAACUCGAUAAAAAGACAGAUAGGUAUGCAAGAAAUACCAUUUUAAGCGGGUGAAGUCCAAUUAGAAUAAUUCAUAAUGUCAAGUUAAGUGUCAAGCAGUUUGAUGCGUUACGUUUUAUUUAUGAUCAUUUCCAUAGAUAGAGUUUCCUUUGACAAACGAGGAAACCUUUGACAUCAGGGCUUAAUUAUUGUCAUGUAAGCUUAAACUAAUAUUUAUUUGCUUGAGGGCAAAAUUCAAAGGAGAUCAAAGUUUAGCUUUCUUGGACCUAUCAUCCGUCACGUAUAAGCUAUUUGAAAAGCGUAGGUACAGUAUUUGGAACGAUUUCAGACUAUGCAUGGUUAGUGAAAACUAAGUACCCGUCUUGCUGAAGCGUCGAUGUCUUUUAUUAUUCAUCAUUUCUGUCACAGUUGCUAAAUGUUUGCAAUUGUAAUUAUACUAACUUAGCAAAAUUUGUGGUUGAGAUGUUUAUAUUUCGAGUGGAAUGUGUUUUUAGAUCUACAGGAGCUAAAGAUAUUUACAGCAAAAUGUUGCAGUGCUGCAUGCUAAAUGGUGGAAUAUUUUGGGUAAGUACCCCGGCCAGUAUAAUUCAUCUUUCUCUGAAUUUAACAACUGGAUACAGCAGUGUCUUCACAUAUAAACCCACCAAUGGCCUCACUUACCUGUGAUUUUUCUGUGGUUGAGAAUCAGAGUGCAAAGGAGAAAUGUCUGGGGUUUGAGUCCUUGUGGUUAACUGAGAUUUUUGUCUAACUCCCAUGCCUGUGACAAAACAAAAACAUCCUUCUUUAUUUAAGUUGAGGCACCUAGCUAUAGUUUUCCCUCAAAUGAGGGGGAGGAAGGACCCUUAGGUAUCCAUUAUUUAUCAAAAUUCCACCUCUGGCAACAGAAGAUGUUGUAUAUCAAUUUUAACCCUUUAACUCCCAUGAGUGACCAAGAAAGAAUUUCUCCCUAUAUUAUUCAUACAGUAUCAAGCAGACAAGUGACGAGAAUAGAGAAAAAUAACAAUUAGGGGUCAGUAGCUGAUCCACUACCAAAUUCUCCAAACGAACAUUAUAAGAAUUAUAUAGCAGACAGUAAGGAGAAUUACUCAAUGUGAUCAUGGGAGUGAAACAGUUAACAAACAAAUUUUGCCAGAUGACUUCCAAGAUGACAGAUGAUUCCCAAGAUCCUAAUUUUAAGUAUUUCUGAUCAAGGAAACUUACUUACAGUACUGAUGGUGUUUGUUUUCUUUCCUUUUCUUUUUCUUCUAGAUGAGUAUUUUUCUCUUUGAGAAUUAUAUCCUUCCUGGGCUACAAUUUUUUACUCACUUUGUAUUCAGUAAGUAGUUUUGUUAAAUAUAUCCUUUACUUUUUUUUCUCUUUAACUCUAGAAGUGCAGUUUUCAUUCCUUGCUGAGUUGUUUUAGAUAUGUGUUGUAACUUAGUUUUGUUGGUCCAAUCAGAAUCAAGGAUUUAAGAUUUUGGACCACUGAGAUACUUCAACCAUUAACCUUCCCAUGAGCCUCCAAGACAGAAGUUUCCUUACAAUAUCAAUACAGUAUCAGCAGUCAAGUGACAAGAAUUCAUACUAAAAAAUCCAAGAUGAGCUCUGGCUCUGAUCGCAUGGCUAUGAAACAGAUUUUGGCCAAUCAGAGCUUGAUUAUUAUUUCCAUUAUUUUUUUAAAUGAGUAUUGAAUGAUAAUUGAUUGCAAAUUUAUCCCUUUAUGAUUGAAAAAUGCAAGUAUAUUUAUAAUAAUGACCAUAGAUACACUGGUUGGAAAUGCACACCAUCAGGGUUUGUGGCUGUGGAGAUGGAUGGGACCUUUGUUAUCAUAUUUGUUCAGUGCUUUGUGGGUGUUACCUCUCUUUUGGCUCAGCAAGCCACUCAAUUCAUUAUGGUAUCAGGUAACUUUUUAUCUCUGUUGUUUAUAUCACCAAUUCCACUUGUAUUCAUUUGCUUUUCAAUUUGAAUUUUUUUCUCUGCAUUAUCUAGAGAUGUUGUAGUUUGAAAUGAAAAGUAUAAAAGUAACCCAGAUGGACAGGGAACCUGGAAAUUCAAAUAUUUGAAUUCCAUUCCUGCAACAGAGGGAAGCUCCUAUAGGUGUAUACUUUCAUAGCUCAAGAGAUCUGUUUAACCCUUGAACUCUUAGAAGUGAUCAACAGGUAACUUUCUAUAAUAUCCAUACAUUACCUUACAAACAGGUAAUGAGAAUAUUGAAACUAAUGAGGUAAAAGUUGUUAUCCUGAUCUGACAUCAAGAGGGGAGAUUUAACAAUCAGAUCUUGGGUGUUAAAGGGUUAACAUGAUGUUCCUCUUAUGCAUUAUGUAAUAUUUGAUUUAGGAGAUAGCUGAUUCUGCAUACCGCAACACCAGAGGAAGGCCUCUUGGAUUCUUGGCUUCACUCAAGAAAGAAAGGUUGAUAUGCUGAGUCCUUGAAUUUUUGAAUUAUGGGAUCAGUUCUGUGAUAUUUGGAGGAAAUUAUUUGCUUUCAUUAUGUUACUAACUUCUAUCUAUAACAGAGUUGAAAGAAAGAUUUAAAACAUUUUAUUAUAUCCCUUAAGUUAGUAUCUGCAGUAUAAUUGGUUAGUUUAGCAGACCAUAUUUCACUGUAUAGCCUGCAAAAUUCAAAAGUUUGUUUGACUUAAAAUCUUCCACUCUAUUUGAACUCAGAGAUUUACAAAAUAUUUCACGACUAAACUUGUUUCCUUGGUCUGACUGUAAGUUAUGAAAACUUGCAUUUUCCAUUGGGAUUUGUAGACGCAGGUCAGUAACUUACAGUAUAGACCUUGUAUUCAGUUAGUAAGAGAUAUGUAUUGAUGUGAUAUUUAAAAUUUGAUUUCAGUGUGUCAUCCCACAUCAGUAAAACAGUGGCUGACUUCUUCUUUAGCUUUUUGCUUCAGGUGCUUUUUCUUGUGCAGGUAACUCAUAAUAGAUUGUUCCAAUUGUGUAAGACUUUGUCUGAGUUUUGAAAUCAGUAUGUCAAAGGCUUUCUGUAUGUAAGCUGUUUUUUGGGUCAAAUUAUUAGUUGAAUGGUUAUGAGUUGACGUAUUAUUUAGUCUGUCACUGACAUUCGCUAUCAAAAUUUACUUAUAAAUUGCUGUAUGUUACAGUAGUUAAGUUCUCAAGGUAUACAAUUUGAUGUAUGUUUUCUGUGGGUGUCAUUCGUAUUAAUAGGAAUGUUUUGAAACACUAGGACUUAUGAUCACUAGUUAAAUAGUAGUGGUGAAAAUAAGGCCUGAAAAAAAUUCAGGCCUGUAUGAGAUAUGAACCCAUGAUCUCUGCAGCUGUGCAGCUCUACCAACUGAGCUAACAAGCCAACUGGGAGCUGGUCUAUAUGUUGGUUGCAAAUAAACCUGUGAAGGGUUUAUUUGGCACUAGAAUUUAUUUGGCUGAAAGAGAGAGAAAGUUGAGGGCUGAAGUUUACACUCUGUUAAUCUGCUGAAAACCACAUAUGGGUAGUUUGGAAUUUUGCGAUUGAAGUUUCUUGACAAAAAAAUUUUUAUUCCUUUUAAACAAACAGGUUCAGAUAAAUACCUAACUGAGUAGUAAGCAAAAUAAUUGCAAGUGAAACAGGAGAAGAUCUAGGGGAGGGAUGCAGGGGGUGUGCACCCCUCCCCCCUGAAAUGACCUGCAGAUUCCUGAUAAAUCAAUAUUUUGCAAAUAAAAAAGGAAAAAAAACUGUGGUUUAUUGGUGUUGAAGUAAAACACAAGAUGAUGUUGAGGAAUUUAUGUGGAGUGCCAUGUAAAUGGUAUGUUUUCUCAGCAGUUUACCAUGAUUACCUUGUCAUAAGCCAUCUUCUCCAUUGUUCACUUUUAAGAUUUGUUUGUCACCCUCCAGUUAGAUCAUUCCUAAUUGGUGCACCCCCUCAUGAUGAAAAUCCUGGAUCUGCCUCUGUCCAAUAAGAUCUUAGCACUUGACUACUGUUGAAUCACAAAUCAGCCAAAAAAAACUGUACAAUCAAAGUGACUCAUUUUCUUUGGCAAAAGUGAUCCAGAGAAAUAAAAAGUAUAACCUUGCUCUUUUUUUUUUAGGCCAUGGUUGUAGGAUUUCUUCCAAUUGUUGGUCCUGUGGUCAGUUUGGCUCAUAUGUGUUUGCUGUACUCACUUUAUUCCUUUGAGUACAAGUGGGUGAAUAUGGGUGAGAUAAAGAUUAGUAUUUUCCUUUAGUUAACUAGUUGUGAUAUAAUAUGAACUUUCUCCCUAUAUUAUCCUUACAUCAUCCAGUAAACAGGUAAUGAGAAUAUGCCAACCUAUCAAGCAGAAGUUAUCAUCUUGAUCUAAUACCAGAUUCUUGUAACUUAAUUUACAAGGAAAUGUGUAGCAGCUGUUGAGAGAAUUAAUAAUCAGAUCUUGGGAAUUAAAGGGUUAAGAUGUGACUGUAGCCUGCUGAAUAAGGCUGUGUGCUUGGAGGAUUCGCAAGGUGCCUCAAGGCUCUUGUCUCAGACCUCUGAGGUUCUCAGCUCCUAAAAGUUUCCAAGUGAUAACUUUAAGCAAAGUAUAGGAUACAGGGAGUUUCGAUCUGUAUCUGGGAGGGGUUGGUCUGGCAACGCAACGUAUUCACUGGAAUGAGGUGUGUGACCACAGGCGGCCCAAGCUCCAGCUGUGAGAUGAUCAUCUUGCGAAAUAACAGUCAUGGCGGAAUUAUAAGAUUUUGUAUGGGAAUAUUUACGACCGCUGUAAGGAAUAGAAAAAAUAAAUCAAAUUCUCGAUAGAAAUACCUCACCUUACUUCCACAGGGCAUUACUUGUUAUCUGACCGCUUACUAUGCUUUCGCUUACUUACUUUCGGAAAUAGAAUGUGCAGCCUUGGGCUUAUCUUGACCAUCUUGGGUACGUAGAAAACCUCGAAAUGGAUAACUCGCUAAAAUAGGUUCUCUUCAAAGUAGUAAGCGGUCAGAUAACAAGCAAUGCACUGUGGAAGUAAAGUGAGGUAUUUUUAUUGAGAAUUUGACUUAUUUUUUAUUCCUUUGAGCGGUCGUAAAUAUUCCCAUACAAACUCUUAUAACUUCGCCAUGACUGUUACUUCCCAAGAUGAUCAUCUCUCAGCUGGAGCUUGGGCCGCCUGUGGUGUGACAAGAUCUAACAAGGAGGACCGAGAGAAACUAUUGGGUUAUACGGAAUCUUAUAAUUUCACCGAUGUCAAAUUUUCAGAGGAUCAGUUGGUAUAUCGUCUUGUUCAAUCUAAUGUUGUUUCUUUGGAAUGUAUUUUACAGGAUGGCCCGCCCCAAAGCGACUUACGUACAUGGAAUGUAACUGGCCAUAUUUCGUGGGAUUUGGACUUCCUCUUGCCGUUCUCACCUCACUAGCGCCUUCCACUAUAAUCAGGUUUGUACAGGAUAAAAUUACCGCAAGUGUGAUGACAGGGGAAGGACAUGCUUACUUCUCAGGGGGUGACAGAGCAUGGGAACAUAACACAUGUCCCAAAUGAAAAACGAGUAUCGGCUGAAAAAUUCGGGAAUACAUGUCCUGCUUGGAAAGAGCGGGAAAACGUUUCCAUAAUGAAAAGUGCGGAAAACGAUGUUCUUAACGGAAUGGUUAUUAGUGACCAAAAGGUGUCUCUUUGCGAGCCCAAACAGCGUUUCUUACGUUUUUAUGUAACGCUACAGGUUUUUACAUUUUCGUACAAAAUGGACAUUUUCUAAAUCAUCUCUCCUAAAACCAAAAUCUAUCUGACCUUGAAACCGAGGCAAGAGUCUUUGCUUCCCUACCCCCCCCCCACCUUAUUCCAUGACACUGUCGCCAAUCGUUUGGCCUUGACACCCAACAUCAGUAUGAAUAUUCUCCAACUGUUCCUGAGGCGCUAAAGGAGAAUUUGUAUAGCGAUCAAGAGCCUCUUUAUUUAGUGAUCAAUCUCACGACAUUAAUUUUUGAUUCAGGGGUUGUACUCAAUGCUAGUCACCCCUAGAGGUCGAAGGGUUGCCCAAUUCCCAUGUAGACUGGCGUUCUCUUUGUUCACAUUGAAAACACUUGCAUAUCUACCGCAUUGUUAUGCAGUCAAAUAUGAGGGGACUAGUCUAGGGAAGUUUUGUUUCACAGCUUUAAUCAAAAUAAAGGUGGUUUUCCUUAUCCAUAGCGGCUGUGUGUUUGCCAUACUGUUUCCCAUUUUUAUUAUCAGCGGGAAUCAAGCAAAAGUCGUAGAAACAAAGUAAGUAUCUUUAUUUCCUUGAGGAUAUCGUUAAGUUUUCUUGGUCUAUCGGUUUGCUCUAACUUCCUACGGCUAAAGCCGUAUUUAGGCUAGCAUGUCCUUGAAAAGUCUUCCUCGGCAAAAGGAAAUUGCUAAGGAACUGGUCACUAUUUAUCGCUUUCGAGCGGGGGAAGGGAGCGUAGAGGUCGGGGGGACCAUGGUUGUGCCCGAUAAAAUUUAUCUGAUCCUUUAAUCCGAAUUAAUUACAUUGAACAAGUCACUUCAAUCAAUUUGGGGACAACUUAAAACAGAAUACAAGAUUCCUUAAAAUAAGCCGCCUUAAUUAUUUACCUAGUUUAAAAAGGAUCAGUGCCAAAAACUAAUUACAAAAGGAAAAAAAUUAUUUUAAACUCAUAACAGAUACAAGAUAAUUAAGAUAAAAAAAUUGGCACUGAACUUAUCUUAAGGCCAUAAGGCUCUGUAAUAUUCCUAAGGACCCCCCCCUCAGUAGUCAAAUUUUCUAUAGUCCCCCCCUUAGUAUUCUGCCACGACAACUGAUUCUUCCCUACCAUCCCCCUCUGAAAAGCAUGUGGUCCCCCAAUAAUCCUCAAACCCUCCCCUCAGGAGAUAAAGUAUGGCAGGUUCCCAAGAAUUUGGUGGUAUAGACGACAUGACGGGAACGCUUGACAUAGUUACUUUUAGGUUUGAAGCCUUAGUUUAAAUUAUUCUUCCUGGUACCACGACAUGUUUAUGGACUUUGAUUCAUAUUGAGAAGUUAAUCGUACGAGAUUAAGGUCUGUUUUGCAAAGCGCACUAUUAGUACAUCCAUUUUAUUUUUUCAGUCAAGUACCAGUGAGGCUGUUUUACGUGGUAGUACGUCUAACAAACAAGAUCCUAAUGGGGAAGUCUGUGCCAAGUAGGACUCAGUCUACCAGCCCUGACUCGACCGUGGGCACGUGAUGAAGGGAAGGAGUUUGGUAACCAUUAAUCUCCAGGUUACUUCACAAAAUAACAAGUGAAGGGGAGGAAAAGAUGCACGAAACGAGAGAAUUACCUUAGGAAGCAACGAUUUUAGUCGGGAAAGUAAUCAGCUCAAACUGAUCACGAACAUAGUUUGGCGGGAAUUGGUCGAAAAAAAAAGUCGAAUUCGCAGUUGUCUGUUUUUUAGACUGUCACGCAAAAAACAUUUCCAAAAGUGUGUCGUCGUGACAGCAUUGCGUGAGGUCUGCUAAAGCCACCAGGAAGGAAACAAGUCAGAUAAGAGUUAACGCAAGGACGUUUUGUCUUUACACUGUUUUGGUAACUUUUUCUUACAUGGAAAACAACUUCAUGAUUUCGCAAAUGGAUCAUCAAUGCAUCAUAGUUUAGGUAAAAAGUUAGAAUUUUAUAGGAAAGCAAGCAAUAAAAACAUGGG